GGGGCUGACGAGGGCCGCCCAGCCAUGUUGAGGAGUCUGUCAAGCAAACUGCAGCCCGCCAUUGUGUAGAAACCAGGCUCUUUAGAGAGAUAGGGGCGCUUGGGUGAAACUCUCCAAAUAGUUAGACAAUUCCGCACCCUGCCGCUUUUAUUUAGGAGUAAAUAUACUAAUACAGGCUCCGGGGGGGAAAGACAUGUCAGCCAGCAGCCUUCUUGACCAGAGACCGAAAGGCCAAGCUAAUAAAGUGCAAAACGGAGCUGUGACCCAAAAGGAUACUUUGAAUGACGAUGAGUUUGAGCCUUACCUGAAUACUCAGGCCAGACAGAGCAAUGCCUAUACGGCCAUGUCGGACUCAUACAUGCCCAGCUACUACAGCCCCUCCAUAGGAUUUUCCUACUCCUUGAAUGAGGCAGCAUGGUCCACAGGUGGGGACCCUCCUAUGCCUUACCUGGCCUCCUAUGGACAGCUGAGCAAUGGGGAGCCCCACUACCUUCCGGACGCUAUGUUUGGCCAGCCGGGCCCCCUGGGGAACAAUCCAUUCCUGGGCCAGCACGGUUUCAACUUCUUUCCCAGUGGCAUCGACUUCUCUGCAUGGGGCAACAGCAGCUCUCAGGGACAGUCGGGUACACCGCAGAGCUCUGGCUAUAGCAGCAGCUAUGCCUACGCUCCUAGCUCGCUUGGGGGGGCCAUGAUCGAUGGACAGUCGCCGUUUGCACCUGCUGCAAACGAGCCGCUGAACAAGGCACCUGGUAUGAACAGCCUUGACCAGGGCAUGGCAGGGCUCAAGAUUGGCGGUGCCGCUCCCGGUGGUAAUGGUGACAUGGCUCCUAAGGUGGUUGGCUCUGGCUUACCUGGUGGGGGUCCCCAUGGCUCGGUUACAUCUGUAGGACCUCCAAGCAUGCCUCCCGUCUCAAUUGCCCCUGCCAAGCCUGCCUCCUGGGCCGAUAUUGCCAGCAAGCCAGCCAAGCCUCAACCCAAGCUGAAAACGAAGAGUGGCAUGGCCGGUGCCAAUUUGCCACCUCCGCCCAUUAAACACAACAUGGACAUCGGCACUUGGGACAACAAGGGCACCAUGCCUAAAGCUGCCACCCCUCAGCAGGUGCCUCCUAUUCCCAGCAAUGGGCAGCCACCCAACCAGGCUUCGCCACUGCUGGGAACCACUGCUGUAGGGAACCCACAAAUGCCCCUCAGCAAUGGACAGCUGGGGACUCCGGUUUCCCAGAUGGGGCAGCAUCAGCUUCUACCCGGUGGGCAACCAGGUAUGGGUCAGAUGCCUCCUCUCUCCCAGGGUCCUCCUCCAAGCCAACAGCAACCUUCUCAACCUACUCGUUGGGUCCCUCCGCGUAAUCGUGCUAAUGGAUUUGGGGAUGGCAGCGGGAGUGGUACGGGCCAGUCACCUCCGACUUUAUCUGGUGUGGGUGUGGUUCCGGGAGUCCCCUCCGAGCCUCACCCAGUCCUAGAGAAGUUGCGCAUGGUCAACAACUAUAACCCCAAGGACUUUGACUGGAACCCCAAGCAGGGCAGGGUGUUCAUCAUCAAGAGCUACUCCGAGGAUGACAUCCACCGCUCCAUCAAGUACAACAUCUGGUGCAGUACGGAGCACGGCAACAAGAGGCUCGACGCGGCGUACCGUUCGUUGGGCGCCAAAGGGCCGCUGUAUCUUCUGUUCAGUGUCAACGGGAGCGGUCACUUCUGUGGCGUAGCGGAGAUGCGCUCGCCCGUGGACUACAACACGUCUGCUGGCGUGUGGUCGCAGGACAAGUGGAAGGGUCGUUUUGAUGUGCGUUGGAUCUUUGUUAAGGACGUUCCCAACAGUCAGCUACGGCACAUUCGGCUGGAGAACAACGAAAACAAGCCAGUGACCAACUCUCGGGACACACAGGAGGUACCGCUGGACAAGGCCAGGCAGGUGCUGAAGAUCAUCGCUGGAUAUAAACACACCACGUCCAUCUUCGAUGACUUUUCUCACUACGAGAAGCGUCAGGAGGAGGAAGAGUGUGUGAAAAAGGUGGAGGUCCAAGGCACUGAGCCAUUUCCCAGCAACCCCAUCAACAGGAGUCAUUACAGGCUUCAGGAGCGCCAAGGACGGGUCAAGUAACAGUUGGUGCUUUGGUCAAAGACUGCAAUGGCCUCCCCUAAAGCCCUCUCCGCCCCAUUACAUCAUUACAUCCAGAUCUCUAAGAAAAUCUAAUAGGGGUGAAGAAUUAACAAAGGACAAAAAAACAAAAUGAAGACUUUCUUGAUUUCUUUUGACUUUAAAGACUUACUUCGAACUUGUAGUGAAAAGAAAAGGAAACGAUUAUUCAUAGGACUACAACUAAAUGCAUAGCAUCCUUAGGUGACAUCUUUUUUGCCCCACCCCAUUCCACUACAUAUGCUUUUCCUUUGUAUGCUUUUUUUCCUCUUUUUUUUUAAAAAAAAAUGAAAGGAUCAUCUCCUGUUUUUAUGGUCCAAGAGCAAGUCUGUAAUUCUCAAACACACACGAAUCCAAUAGAAAACGUAGUGUCCCAAAGUCAACAGUGGGCUGUUUGUCUCAUUUUCUUUGUAACCCCGCCCCAUUCACAGCCCUGUCUUCUGAGGAUGCUCACAUCUUGAACUAGGACCCAGUGGAGUCCGCCCCCCCCCCCCUCUCACUUCCACUUCAGUGGAUUUUCUCCCUCACAUUCAACUUCAUACAUGCUUGCCAUGUCUUGUUCGAGGUGACUGCAGAUUUAGAAUGGCCUUCUGUUUUGUUUUUCGCAUGUGUUGGACUGAGUAUGUGUGUGGAUAUGGUGGAGUGUGGAGGGUUUGGAGAAGGGUCUGUGUGGGGGGGGUUAAGGGUUUGGAAGCAGGAGAAAUGUUAAGUUGAUGAGCCAUGCUCAGUGUAUAAUUUUAUGGUAAAAAAAAUAAAUGGGGGGGCCCGUCUGUUAACACUCUUCAUUGGACUUUGUUUAACCUUUAUCUUGGACAAGUUUAUUCAUUGUUGCUAUGGCCUGCUUUCAUUUUUUUGUUUUUUGUUUUUUCUCCUUCCUCCAUUUUCUAAAGACAGAGAUGCGGGUGGCUUCGCCCCACUCGUUCUAUUAAUCAGUUCAAAAGUAAUAAAUGUGGUAUAUUCAGCAGAACUGGUGUGCAUUCCCCUUGUUUCACUGUGUAAAGCAAUUUAGUCCUGCAGCGUGGCUGUGUUCCUUUCAUCUGUUUUUCUUUUCCCUGAUGGGUACAUAAAUUAACUUUGUUUUUGUUGUUUUUUUGGUCCUAACCCUUUAUACUCAGCCGUCCACUUCCCAUCCUGAGUUCAACUUUCACUCGCAUUUCUUCUCUAGAUCUUCCUAACCCACCUUGUCCUGCACACUCCCAUUUCUGACUGCUCUGCCAACUUUACAUACUAUGAUAUCAAAUCGGCUUCCACCAUUUUCAGAAUGUCCUUGUUGGUGAGUUUAAAAAGGAAAAAAAAAAAAUUACGCAAGGUC